AUGUCUCCUUCCCCUUUGCGGUUUCCUCUUCUUUCAACUUCUGAACUGAGAACUUUUCAUUUUGAGCGUGCAAGAGGAACAAAAGGAAACAAUUAUUCAUCUCGUCUGAGCCGACGCACUUCGAAAAACCUCCCCGGACGAGACCCCGUGGGCGAAGGCUCCCCGGCCGGGCCGGCCGGUGACGGGGGUCGGGUGAAAGGGGGUGUCGACGUCUCCCAUAGGGGUGGCCGUGUCCCGGGCCGUGGACGGCCGCGGAGGGGAAUGGGCUCGGCCGACAGCUGCCGUUGGGACGUUCGCCGUUCUCCGGGCGGUCGGUCCUCGGCCCGCUACGCCGACAGGCCGCUCUAUUGCUCCGAACCCUUAGGGAUUUUCCAUCACUACUUCCAGUGCUGCUGUGCUUUAUGCUACCGGAUGAAGUGCUUCGGCAGAAGCUUAAGGCAGGUGGAGCCGGAAGAGGAGCCGAACAAGAGCGAGCCGGUCUGCCCGCCCCAGGGCUCGCGAGUGAACGGAUGGUCUCUACCCCUGCAUUCCUUCCAGGGCAUCGCGUGGGCCGUUUACUCGUACAUGGCCGUGGUGGGAUUCGGCAUCUACAUCCCCCUGUUGCCGUACGCCUGGAAACACGGGGCCUACGCCAUCAUCGGCGCGGUGUUUGCGUUUCACUUCAUCAUCCACCUGGCCGCCGUGACAAUCGACCCCGCCGACCCGAACGUCCGCGGCAAGAAGAAUUACGGUCACCCCGUGCCCGCCUUGGACAGGAACAAGCACAAGCACGCCAUCCAGAACCAAUACUGUCACCUUUGCGAAGUCUCGGUGGGACCCAAAGCGAAACACUGCAGCACCUGCAACAAAUGCAUCGCCGAGUUCGACCACCACUGCAAGUGGCUCAACAACUGCGUGGGAAGUCGCAACUAUUGGUAUUUCUUCAGUUCCGUGGCUUCAGCGGUGGUCGGGGUGGUCUUCGUGAUGAUCGUCAUCCUAUAUGUCUUUAUCCAGCACUUUGUGAAUCCGAUGGAACUGCGUACGGCCCCCCAGUUUGAAGGAAUUUUUCGGAACAACACAUGGCUGAUGUUCCUCCCUUUGGCCCCUGUGGAGAGCACAGCGGCCGGGAUCCUGCUGGUGGCCGCCAUCACGCUGUGUCUGGCCGUCACAAGCCUCUUCCUCCUCGGACACCUUCUGUUCUUCCACCUCUACCUCCUGGGCAAACAGCUGAGCACCUUUGAUUACAUGACACAAGGCCGGCGGUCCAGAAAGAAAAGAAACAAGGCGGAAGAGACCAGCUCCGAGGCUGAUGGCGUUAAGGAUUGGUCUUUAAGAUGCUCUCUGAAUAAGAGCAGAAGCAUGUCAUCUCCAAGCAGGGCACCCGAGGGUCCUGACGUAUCUGUGCCCUCCUUUCAACAGACCAAACUGAGAAAAGCGUGCCCGCCAUGGCAUUUACACUGUCAGAGAGUAGCAAACAAAGCCCAGGAUUCCUCAGAAUCCAAUGCUGGGAAUCAGAACAUCACAGAGAGAGACUUCACCUCUGAGAAAGAUAAUAACGGUUCUCCCUUGGAAGUGACUUCCAAUUGCGAUUCCUUCUCAUCUAUGGAAAUCCCAGCUGGGGCUAUGGACAGCUUGAUGCUUCUGUAUUCCGCACAUGCAAACAGCCGGUCAGACCUUCACGACCAAAUCCUGCAAACCGUGGAAAACAGCCUGAUCUGGGAAAGCGAGGAAGAGCCGUCAGAACUGAACUGCACGGUGACCGAAUCCAAAGAGGCGGUUGAAGCGGUUCAGCCAUCGUAUCCGGCAGAUGCGUCUUUGCCCGUCUCAGAGAGGCCACCCCAGGAAGAGACCCAGUUUCCCCAGACAGAAAAGAUUUCCAUCCUUCCUCUCUGAGAAACAAAACGGUUACCUCUUUAUCCUUCCUUAUGCCGGCACAGAUUCUCCACAAGAUGUGGCCGGAACAGCCAUCCUUUAGGACUUGAGCUCGGUUUGGGGAACGCCGGGUUUUUUGAGGAGACUUAGUUAGGUAACCCAGUCCGUCCCGAGGCCAGCUCAGCGUGCCAGUUCCGGGGAUGUCUUCCGAGGCCUGAGAUGGGGGAGUUCAGGAAGCACAUCGAAAAAACAAACACACCCAGAUCAUUGAAAGAAAUGUUCUCGCUCCAAUUAACUGCAAGAUGAUUGGCUUUCCCCCGGCCCCUUCUUCCCAAACAGAACGAGGCAAGCUACUUCGCCACCCCUUAAAAGUUAACAGAAUUGGGGGGGGAAACUGUGGGGUAGGAUGUAGCCCUCAAACUUGAAUUUUGGACGUUUCCCUUUUUGUCCUCAGCCCGAUUUGGAUUUCACUUUCUUGUAAAGAAAGGAGUACAAGAAAAAUGGAGUGAACUUUUUUUUCUCUCUUCCUAGCUUUUUUUUGGUAUGGUGAAGAAAUGAUUCAAUGCCUCUGAAGCCCAGACCAUGAUGUGAUGCACUGACGAUUUCCUCAUCUUAAAUUGAUCAAAGUUUUCUAAAGUCCCAGUUAUAUUUUAUACCGGGGAAAAAUAUUUUAAGGGCAUUAAAAUUAUAUUUAUAUGAUAAACGGGGUUGAUUGUUGCUGUUUGUAAAAGUGAAAGUAAUCCAUCAAAGGAGGGCAAUCCUUGAUGAAUUUUUGUUCUCCUUCAAACACAGAUUUAAAAAAUAAAUUGACAUUAAAAAGAAAUGACUUCUCAUUUGAAAA